AUGGAUCAAAGGUUUGAACAGCAACAAAAGGAUAUGCAGGACCAAUUGCAAGAGCAAUUGGCCAAGAUGCAAAACGACAUGAGGGAGCAAAUGCUAGAGGCUCAGAGGAAUAUGAUGACUGAGAUGGCUCAGUUGCUGAGGGCCACUAAUAAGGGAAAAGCCCCUAUGGAAAUCACUGGUGAGGAGGAAGAGGAUCAUCCUCCAGACUUUACUCCACCCCACGGGCCUACACAAACCGAGGCACCUCCUAAAAGACCAUCUGUCAAUAUAAGGCCUCAACAUGGGCCGGUUGAUGCUGGGAUCCAUAUGAAUUACCCAACUGGCUCGGGAUUCAAUUUGGGUGAUAACCCUACCAAUCCUCUCAUUCCUGACUUGGAUAUAGCUGAAAAAGAAGAUUUGAGAGCCAAAGCUGCAAAACAGUUAGAGGAACGUUGCCGAUGGUUGGAGGAGAAAUUUAAAGCUUUAGAGAGUACUGAUGGGCAUCAUAGAGUUUAUGCCAAAGAUCUAAGCUUGGUCCCAGACUUGGUGCUUCCUUACAAAUUCAAGAUGCCGGAGUUCGAGAAGUACAAUGACAGUUUAGUCAGAACGGCAGCCAGGUGGUACAAUCAGUUGAGCCGGGCUAGAAUAAAUUCAUGGAGGGAUCUUGCGCAAGCCUUCAUGCAGCAGUACAAUCAUGUGACUAACAUGACUCCUGAUAGGAUCACUCUGCAAAACAUGGAGAAUAAGCCUAAUGAGAAUUUUAGGCAAUAUGCACAGAGGUGGAGAGAGGUGGCAAUGCAGGUUCAACCACCACUACUGGAGAAGGAGACCACCAUGUUAUUCAUCAACACUCUGAAAGCUUUAUUCAUUACUCACAUGAUUGGAAGCACUAUCAAAAGUUAUGCGGACAUAGUCAUGGCGGGAGAGAUGAUUGAGAACGCCAUAAGAGGUGGCAAAAUUGAAGGGGAAGCGGCCAAAAGAUUAGCCCUAAGGAGAAAAGAUAACGAGGGUUCUCAAAGACAGGAAUCUGGCACAAAGCACGAGAAGAUGCAAUUCACACCUAUCCCUGUAACGUAUCGUGAGCUUUAUCAAAACUUAUGCGAUGCGCAGGCUAUUACUCCUUUCCACUUGAAACCACUACAGCCUCCAUAUCCUAAAUGGUAUGAUGCAAACGCCAGAUGCGAGUACCACGCUGGAAUAUCGGGGCACUCGAUUAAAAAUUGUACCGGAUUCAAGAAGGUCGUGGAGAGGUUGAUCAAGAUAGGGGUUGUGAAAUUUGAUAAUACCCUAAAUACUGAAAACCCUUUGCCAAAUCAUAACAAUCAAGGAGUGAAUGCCAUUGGCGAAGCCGGUGAGAUGGGAAUGAAGAAAGAUGUUGCUAAGGUGAGGAUGCCUAUGAAGGUGAUUUGGGAGGAGAUGAUGAAGAGAGGUAUGUUAACCUCUAAAAACGAGAGAGGAGAAACAAGGAACUAUGGUGAGUUCCAUGAGAAAGGACAUAAAAUUCAAAAUUGUGAAGAAUUCAAGGCCUUGGUACAAGGCUUUAUAGAUAAUAAAGAGCUACAAAAUUUUGAAGGUAGCUCUUGUGAAAAACAAGUAUGUGCGCUGGAGGAAGAACAGAAGGGAACUAGCCGGCCGAGGAUCAUUAUUUCCCUACUGAGAAAUAAUGAAGUGGGGACACUAACGGUGUCAAUGCCGGAGAAAGAGGAUAUAGCAAGUGCUUCUAAGGAAGCUCAAGGAGAGGGUUCCCAUACACGGAGUGGGAAGCGAUAUGAUGUAGUGGGUGUCAGAGAGGAGACCACAAAAAUAAAGAAUGUUAGUACAGAGAAGGAGAAAGAGGCUGAAGUGCCUAUCAAAGAGCCAGCCAUGGAUACACUUAGCGGGAGCGAUGCCCUCGUCGUUGUACCAGAAAUUGAAAUUAAAGGGAGUGAGCUAUCAGUGCCAAAGAUAGCAAGAGCUACAAGGAUGGCUCUACAAAUGAUGGCGGGAAAGGGAGCCUUACCAAGAAAAGGGUUAGGAAAAUCCCUAGAUAUCAAUGGCAUGAGCACUGAUAUAUCAAAUCCUGAUUUCUCUUACGAGCAAGACAUGUGUUUAGAAGAAUUUCGGGAUUUUGAGGAUGUCCAGGACUGUGAUGUGUCUUUGGAUCUUUUGAGGAUGGUAAAACAGGAGGAGAAAUAA